GGAGGGAGGCAUGGGGUGAGGAGGAGGAGGAGAUGAAGAAGAAGAGGAAAAAGAAGUUCUGGAGGCUGCCCUCUUUCCUCAAAGCUGCCAGAAAACACCUCAAGGUGAUCCGACCGAGUCAGACUGAGGUGCAGCUUAUUGAGCCACCAUCGCCAGCCAGCAGCGCUGAUGAUGACAUUAUGUGCCGCUAUGAGCUCGGUGAUCGUCUGGGGGUAGGCGGGUUUGGCGUCGUUCAUGAAGCGAGUCGUGUGGAGGAUGGCCUUAAGGUGGCAUUGAAAGACGUCAUGAAGACCCAUGACAUGGAAUAUCUAACUAUUCCUGGUCAUCCAAACCCCCUCCCAGUGGAGAUCGCCCUUACACUCUUGGCCAACAAGGGACCCAGCGCACCAGAGAUUAUAAAGCUGCUGGACUGGCAGGACCAACGGGACAACUAUGUCAUGGUCCUCGAGUGUCCGUCACCGUGUGAGAACUUAGUCAGUUUCUUGGAGGGCCACGGAGGAAGAAUCGAAGAAGGUUUAGUUCGGCACAUCAUGCGGCAGGCAACGCGGGCGGCUCGCACAUGUUGUCGCCGUGGGGUAUUCCAUGGAGACAUAAAGUUGGAAAACUUCAUUGUGAGCAAGGACACCCUGCAGGUCAAGUUGAUCGACUUUGGGUGUGGGGACCUCAUGAGAAAGUCUGCCUACACGACAUUGUAUGGCACCAUGGAGUACUACCCUCCUGAGUACAGGGUCAAGGGCAAGUACCAUGCGAAGUCUGCAAUGUCGUGGUCUCUUGGGGUCAUCUUGUUCACAAUGCUGUGCGGCCGUUUUCCAACUGACAAUGACCUGCAGAAGACCGAACUAAACCUUUGGUCAGAGCCUGGACUGUCAAAGGACUGCUGCAGUUUGAUCUGUAGUCUGCUCCAGCAUAAAACUAAGCGACGGCUCGGUCUGGGGAAGAUCCUUCAACACGACUGGUUUCAGGUCUCCAUAUAAGUCGUGGGGAAAAGGAGCUUCGACCCCAGACAUUUCCCAGUCUCCUGUCAGCUUUGCAUCUUGACGGCUGGCAGGAAGACUGUUCAUUCCUCUGUGAAUCCUCUGCAUCUUGCGGAGCCGGCAGGCCAUGGUUGCAUCUUAUGCUAUGGCCCGAAGCAGCAGU